AUGGUCAAGAAAGCAAUGAAGCAAUCGAAUCCUUCGCUUACGUGGCCUGCCCCUAAAAGCGGCAAGGCGAGAGCUUUGACCAAACGCCCGGCGAUCAAAUCCAUGAAGCUCUUGAAGGUGCCGUACGUCCGCCACGGUAGCCCUGCAACGAGGCACCAUCGUGAGCGGGAAAAGUGGGGCCGCUCCAUUCAAAUGUUCAUGUCGUUGAGAUACCUGUCGCUGGUUCGCAUCCGUACAGUCGCAUCGGUUCCGCAACAUUGCGUCUCCAAAAUCUUCGAUGUCGAUGACAAGAUUGUCUCCCGCGUCCACACCAAUGUCGACACGGCUCGGGCACGGUUCGUCACGGCGCAUGAGAAACACAUUCAGUAUGGUGGAGGGCCUGGUUGGGUGGAUUUGGGCAAAGCAGUUGUGGACAACAACAAGGUGAAAUGGGAACAAUGGUGUAGGAUCGUUCAACGGGGCUCACCCAAAACACUUCGCCUUGUUCAGCUGCAGCCGCCUCUUACGAAGACCAGAUCUCCCGACCCCGGCCCAAUCCGAAAGAGGGAUUGGAAACCGAUCGCACCAAAGCUUUUGGCAGGCAGACACAUCAUGCUCCACACCGACGGUGCCCGAGCCUACAAGCUCAAACUCGACAAGGUAGCCCAUUGCAAUGUCGUUCACAAGGGAGAGAAAGUCAAGUUUGGCAGCAAGGUGAUGUGGGUGAAGCCGCAUUUCACGAAAGUGUAUCAGUUGUGGAUCCCGGGUGGCAUGACGUUGCAUGUGAAGAGUGGGACGCCAAUCAUCGAUCGGUGCUGGAGGCACUUGAGAGAGCAUAUCGAAAGUACACCGCGUACUCCAGGGAACACAAUCCUCAUGCGCAAGAUUCGCAGUGCACAGUGGGUGUAUUGGCAGAAAGGCAAGAGCUUGUGGACGGCGACCGGAGAGAUGCUGAAGUACCUGUGCCGGUGA